CAAAAGCGUACACGAUAAUUAUCCCCUUGCUUAUCUUUUACUCUUCAAUGUCUGAAAGGAGCUCUGUCACAAAACUCACUGCUGUUAUAAAAUUAAUGAUUGAUUUUAAGUGAAUCUUUGUUAUCUUAAAAGUUGAAUUUAGUGGCAGUUAAUAAUAAUUGUUGUAUUUCAGUGACAUAUUCAACGUUGUAUGUGAAUUUAACAUUCGAGAGAGAUCUUGCUCAUCAUUUGAUUCAAGUGUUUACGCCAAGUGCUCUCAUCGUCAUGCUGUCAUGGCUCUCUUUUUGGCUGGGUCUCGAUGCAACUCCAGGUCGAAUCACUUUAUGCGUCACGAGUUUGCUUGCCCUUAUAACGCAGUUUUCAAGCAUUAGAAGAGAUUUACCUCCCCUGUCUUAUAUUCAUCGAGUUGAUAUAUGGAUGGUAACUUGUAUGUGUUUCGUAUUUGCAAGUCUGUUGGAAUUUACUCUCCUCAUUUAUAUGGAACGACAACAAAGAAGAACCACGUUAAAGAGUUCUGAUGUCGUAGCAAUGGAAGCAAACAGCAGUAAUAUCACGAAGCUUCAUGAUAUGAAGAACGUGAAGGAUAAAACUGUUCUCCAGAACUGCCCGUGUAAGACGCUGCCUGUGAGAAAAGGUACGUUGUGGAGUUCUGCAGAUCCCUCCUUCGUUUCCUAUGGACACCUGCAAAGAAUUCGAGAUUGGGCUCAAGCUAUCGAUAAAGCAUCACGGUUUCUUUUUCCCUUAGCCUUUCUACUUUUCAACGCAUUCUACUGGCCAAUUCUUUUGAGUAGAUGAAUAUUUUAUGUUCUCAUAUUAAACGAUUCAAUUAUUGUAUCACUUUAUAAAAUUAUUACUUCUUAUGCAAUGUAAAGCAUUUGUAAUCCUUUGUAAUUAAAUCUAAAAAUUAAAAGCUGGA